AUGGAAAAAAAGUACUCUGGCAUGGUCUUUACCAAGACUCCGUCGCUUGUUCCAAGAACCGAGGAGGAGAAAGAGAUAUUCGCCAACCUCAACAGAAAGAUACACAAGAACGAUUUGGAAGAUGACUUCUUUGAGCUUGCUCUGGGUCUGCGCGAGGGCCCAGAAGAAGACUCAGACAGCGACAUGAUGGACGCAUCUGAUGGCGAGAGCCACUUUUCGCUUGAUGAGGAGCACCCACUUGGGAUCUCUGCUCAGAGCUGUCCUGCAGAAAAGAGCGAUGCUCCUGCUGAGUCGCUCAAAAAAGACUGCUUUGCCUCUCUUAUUGAGCAGGUGAACAAGCAGAGCGGCGGGUCCUUCUCUGCUCUUUCCAAGCUUUUUACAAAAGAGAAAAGAGUCAAGAGAACAAGAAGACCGGAAGUGUCAAUUGAGGAGUGCAACAACAUCCUCAGCCGAAUGGGAUCGCAUGCCUCAAACUACACAGAGACGUACGAAGAGGAGGAAGCUCAAGUAAAACCAAAAGCGAGAGCAAAAACCCCAAAGAAGCAGAAAGUUGAGGAAAAGUGCGAGAACUGGGAAGACACGUUUACUAGCACAAUACAGAACCAGCCAAAUAUUAUAUAG